AUGGCAGUUUUUGAUGUUUUUAAUCCCUUACAGAAUAUGACACCACGGUUCACUGAAGAGCAAUUGUCUGAAAUAAUUGAAUGGUUCGACGACAAUUCAAAGCCUCUAUUAAUUAUUGAUAAUGGAGAACCAAUAAAUGUAAUAACUGUUGAAAAAAUAAAAGAUUUUUUGGACCUCAAAAAAUUUCAUAGGCGUGAUUUUCAUUAUCCAAGUUAUGCAGAAAUUAUGAAUGAAGUAGAAAAAUUAAAAGCCGGAAUUAUAAGAAUGAUUACAAAGGAUCAAUUCAUAUAUAUGCUAGAUAAAUGGAUUUUAAUGCCUGACAUUAAACAUGAGCUUAAACUAGCAUUUAAGGUAUUCGACACCGAAAAACGAAAUUUUUUGGAGACAGAUGACAUUAAAGUUAUAGUAACAACUCAUGCAGAUGUAUACAGUGAAGCAGAGACUCGAGAGUUAUUACGAGAUGCAAAUGUUCGUGGCGAUGGAAAUAUUUUUUAUGAGGAUUUUGUUGAAAGCUUAUUUAAUGUUGCUCCUGAACUUUAUCAAUUAGAGGCUCAAUAUCUGUACCAAAAUCCUCAUGAAGAUCCAUCAGUUUUACCAGAACCUGAAGAAACUGCACCGACUCCAAUAACAACGGAAGGAGAGGCGAAUAUGCCAGUAAAGGAUCAGAAGGAAUCAUGA